AUGGUAGCAAUUAACGAAGCUUUCAUCAAAACCAAUAUAUUAGAUCAAAAUGUUAACUACAUUGAUGCAUGUAUAAUAGGUGCACCAGAAAAAAUUUGUUUGGGGAAAUCUAAUAAUUUCCAAAUUUCCAAUGAAGAAGUUAAAAAAGUAACAGAAGUAUUCACAUUAUUCAGAGAUGCUCCAAUUGUCAUUGGAGGGAAAAGCUACACCAGAACCAAGAGUACUGCUAGUUACAUUAUAGCCAAACAUGAUACUACUGGUAUUGCACUAUUCCAAAACAAUAUGGGUCUUAUUGCUAUUGCAAGAUAUUUAGAUGGAACCAUUGAACAAGAAAAUAUAUUAAAAACAUUGCAACAUACAAUCUUAAAAGCCCUUGCCUAA